AUGGCAGCGUACUAUCAGCCCGCCUACCAGCCAUUGAGUACCGGCUAUGAUCCUGCAAGCUAUCAAUACUCCGCCAACCCUCAAUACACUGCUAGUCCUUCAUCUUUCUCCAGCCAUUCAUACUUCCCCAGUCAGCAACAGACUCCCAACCAGAACUCCGACUCGGUCCCCUUAGUCGACAAGAAGAGCCCUAAUGUCUCCAUCAACUCCGUCUUCAACCGCUCGUCGCGAUCACUCCAAAAGAAUUAUACCACCAAAAGUCGGCCUAAGUCAUGGUGGUGGCACAUCCUGUCGCAUAUCGUCAGUUUCUUGUGGGUGGUGCCGAUUAUCUCUAUGUUGGUCCUCAAUUGGACACACCACAUCAUUGGCUCAAGCGUCUGGUGCCCAAUGGGCCAUUGCAGCUCCAAUUCCUGGGAGGAAGACGCCGUCACGAGAGCCGCUAAACUAGAUCGCGACGACCACAAUACCCUCGGCGCCCUCCAAUUCGUCUCCAAAAUGCUCGAAGUCUGGUUCAUGCUGAUCGCGACCGCCUUGGUCUACGACCUGGCAAUGAUCAUGGCACGCAUGGAAGGAGGUCUGCCCAUUGGCUUCAUACUAACCCAUCUGGAGUUCAUGGAUGUCCGCAAUCUGCUGAAUCGCCAUCUUUGGACCUCUCCAAUCCCUCACAGGGGUGCUUCGCGAACGCAGAAGAAGAGCAUCCUACGACUCUUCCUCUUCUCCGUCUUCGUUGCAUUCUUGACAAUCAUAGCCAACCUCAUGGGCCCAGCGGCAGCUGUCCUCGUGCUGCCCACCCUCCAAUGGAUAGACACACCUCAUCUAGCCUCUCAAGUCUACCAUAAUGCCUUCUUCCAGCAGCCUCCCCAGGGCGACUCAGCAUUAGACGGCUGCAACGCUACCGACCUCGCUGCCGGUAACUUCUCCUGCACUUACGUCAACUACGGACCAAGUCUCGAGCAAUUCGCUGCGUCGGCGUUACUGACUGUGGAUCAAAGUACCAAAGACUUCGCGCUUGACUUGGCUAGCACCUCGCAGGAGUCAGCUGUCGUCUUUCUUGUAAAUGCGACAAUGGAGAGUAAUCUUGCCUGGGCCCCCAAUCGCCAGGUACUCCAGGAGAUAUCCAAGGACCUAUUCAAAUAUGCGAUGCCGGAGAAGUGGGGCAAGCCACCGACGCCUCUGAAUGACUCGCUCAGUAUUGUCAUCAAUCGAGAAGGCCCCAGUGUAGGGUUCAACGCGUAUUGUAGCGCAGGCAAUGUUUCCGUGACGAACGUGGCGGAUGAUAAGCAGAUUGCAUGUUUUGAUGGCUGGAGCAUUGACGGCAUCAACAACUACACCAAGUGCUAUCGUGUAGGCCAAGGUUUCGGCGCCACAAAUAAAGCCUCCCGAUUCCACAUCGACAAUUACGCCGUGGACUCCAAUGUCAACAACACGGCUGUCGACGUCUUCUUCUCCGACAAAGCCACCUACUACAACCCCACAACCGACUUCAACUCCGGCAUCAAAGCCUGCCUCUCUGCCUCCGCCGCCCCAUCCUGCGAUUGGGACCGCAUCUUCUCCACCCCCGUCCCCUCCGAUCUGCGCAACAUGUCCACGAAUGUAGCCGUAACAUCCUACUCCAUGAUCCCAGCCUUCGACCCCUCCGAGAUGGGCGCCGGCGGCCCCUCCGCCCGCCUCUUCUGCGACCACGUAUCCUACAUAAACUUCCCAACCUACACCUUUGACGCCUCAACCUCCACGAACCCGCUCCAACUCGUGCGCAUGACAAACCUGGAGCUCAAGAACCCCGACCCCAUCGUCAUGGACCCAGACUGGUUCCUCGCCACCUGGUCUGUCGACCGCAACGGCAGUGCAAGCAGCUACCACAAGAUGUCGCAGGAAAUAAUGCGCACGGUGCCCCUCGCCUGGGCGGACGGUAUGAGCAAUACCAGCUAUUUCGCCCAGGAGAUGAAUAUGCUACAGCUCUACUCGCUUACGCAGAUGAUGUCCAUGGUGCGCUGGCGAAACACCACUCUUCCCUCCCCAUCAUCGUCCUCCACCCCUUCACUCGCCCCCACCGAUACCGUCCUCAAAACAUGGGCAACCCGCCACGUAUGGGCCUACUCCCUCAAUUCCCGCACAUCCAAACUCGGCGCCGCCGUCGUCCUGACGGGCUGUGCCUGCGUCCUCUUCCGCCUCUUCCUCGGUGCCUUUUUCGGGAAACGCGAACAUAGUCCUAUUGACUUGUUCGUGGCGGCGCUGCAGCAUCAGCCGCAGGGGGAAUUCGACGGGAUGCAUGAGAAAGACGGGAGUGUGGGGAGCGGGGCGAAGGUUAGGUACGUGAUGGAGGAGGAUGAGAAUGGUAAGCCGCGGUUUGUGCCGGAGCGGAGCUAUAUGGGGGAUUUUGGGCGGGAGGCGACGAGGGGGUGGAGCUGGGGGCGACGGAGUACCUGGAGGAGUUUGGGUAGUAGUGGUGGUGGCGGUGGUGGUGGGGCAGGAAAUACGCCAUGA